CACGGUUGUCUGUAAUCUUUCUGUAUUUAUUACCAGAAUUCAACCAUUUGUACAAAGACUUCUUGAUAGAACAUUAUGAAAGAGGCACACGGAUAGUGAGCUUUACGUUUGAUUUGAAGGAUAUUCAAGAAUUACAGCUUCAGCAACGCGAUGAGCUAGAAGGCAUUUUUAUAUACCAAAAAUUGAAGUAGCAAUAAACUCUUGUGUCGCCACCCAACAUGGACGGACAUACCACAAUUUCCCCUUUUCUUCACCUUUUUUUUCCUUCUCUCUUUUUUCUCUUUUUCUCUCUCUCUUUGAAUGCAGGACAAAAAACAUAAACGCUUAACCAAGCUCAUUCACCCUCUCAAAAGACUAAGCUUACUAUCGACUUCCCAGCGAAGUCUCAUCCCCGAUGUGGUUCUUAAGGAAGUGCCUGAGCAAGCUGCUGACGACUUGAUAAGUUGUUUACCACACGAAACAGCCGUCUCUAUCUUCGCAUUACUAUGUUUCAAAGAUUUGAUAAGAGUACAACUUGUAUGCAAAUCAUGGCGGAGGAUUGCUAGCGACGCGGCUCUUUGGAGACAGUUAUAUGUUGAAUUAUCGUGGCGAUAUCCCUAUCUGGGUUUGCAUCGGUUUGUGUCCGACGGCGGCGUGACAUGGCAUCAAAGGUAUUGUCGAGCAACCUCCAUGGCCAAUUGGAGCGCGGGCAAUGCUCAAAAGAUACAAUCCUUCAAUGAGCAUACCGGUCGAAUCCUUGCCACAAAACUAAAGGAUCGCUAUUUGGUCACCCUUGGUGAGGAUAACUUGGUCAUUCUAUAUGAGUACAACAAGGAAAGGGCUCACUUUUAUCAUAAGCGUACUUGGGACUUUGGUCAAUCAUCACAAGGCGCUACCAAUGUAAAAUGCGUGGAUAUUUUACCGGAGAUCAAUGUCCUGGUUGUAGCUCAGCGAGGAUCAAAAUGUGUGUUCUACGAUAUCAGUAAGAAUACAAGUGAUCCCAUUCAAAUCUUGAAAGGCGGCAACCACAUCCUUUUUGAACCGGAAUCCAUUGCGUUAGAUCGUGAUCACUUUGUCCUGGCUGGAAGAAAACCCUCCGCUAUUUUUAUUUGGGAAUGGAGAAAAGGUGUCCGGAUAUCAAACAGGGCUUUUGAUAACCAGGCUCAUCGCGUAUUUCUGUCGGGAGAUCAUGUCAUCACUAUCAGCGUAGACGGUUCUCUCCAUGUCUUCCACAUACCAAGCAAUACCAUGAGGGCCAUUACCACUGAUUUGCCAGCGUGCUGUUUACCAUGCCUUGCCUUUGAUGGCAGUCUCAGUCUAGUAGCUACCCCGUACGCAGCAAGAAAACUCCACCAUUUUGAGUGGAAACCAACACUCGCAUCCAAAAAAUUCAUCCAACCGAUGCCAUCCCAAUCAACCCCACCGCCACGUGUACCAGAACAUGGUGUCCCGAAUAGAACGUCGUCAUCUCACUUACUCUCAUUUUCUGCAUCGAUGUCCUCCUUUUUCGGUCACUUUAAAAGCAGCAAAGACAUUGGUCAAAAAACUCGUCCUAAAUCGGCCGAACACGCAUCGUUAAAGUCACAGCAACAACGUCUGCGAAGACAAAGGCGACAUUCUUCCUAUAAUGACUUUGGGUGGGAGUGUACGGCGCGAACAACCCAAUACAUUAAGAAUUUGGAUGGCAAUGCGUUACCCCCGCCUACGCCUGAUUUCUCCAAAAAAAUUACCCUCACCAAGACUAUCCCAACCACGCAACUCGGAGUCACUACACGACACGUCGUCGGUGUUGCUAUAGCUGGUAACCGGGCCGUCGUCGUCAACCGAAGUGGGGAUAUGGCCAUCGUCAUGCUGGAUUCAGGCCAUGUCAGCCAACUCUAUCCUCCGCCUCAUCACUGCUAUGAAUGGAUCGAGAACUGGCAAGAGGAUGCACGUGAAAACGAUGAAGAUCAGGAUGGAUAUAAUUUGUCGUCGAUGCGAUUGUCGGCGGAUCCAAAACUGGGCAUUGCCUAUGGAGGACGCAAUGGCACCGUGUGGUUUUUCAGCUUCAACUGUACAUCUGACUGAAGUUUAGAAUGAAUUGUAGAGGCUAAACUUGACCUAUACUUUAUGCUAUCGUCACAAAGUUCCCUGCGCAAAA